AAAUCACUUCCUUAUUUACUGCGUCGUACAGCUUUAAGGAAAAGCAGUCCCCUUUGCCGGUAAAGUUAUUUCAUGGUGCUAGCAUUUAGCUAUAGUCAUUCCGCAGGCAUUAAAAUCCAUAUAACAACUCUCACAGUUAGUAAAAGGUCAUUUAUUUUCAGUUGCUGUGCGUUUAGCCAGCUAACCAGACAUUGUUACUAAGAUCAGAAGCAGCCAUGAUGGCGUCCGGUUACAACGCGAAGGAAGAGGACGGCCACCGCUCAGGGUCCGCAGCUGCAGGUGGGCCGAGUGCUGAGAAGAGUAAGAAACCGGAUAACACGGCUUUUAAACAGCAGCGCCUUCCAGCCUGGCAGCCCGUCCUUACAGCCGGUACCGUGCUGCCUGCUUUCUUCAUCAUCGGCCUCCUCUUCAUCCCGAUUGGCAUCGGGCUCUUCGUCACAUCCAACACUGUCAAAGAGAUCGAGAUCGAUUACACUGGUGCUGAAAAGAGCAGUCCAUGUUUCAGCUGCACACAGCCCUUCGGAUUGAACCACUCAUGCAAAUGCUCUGUCCCUUUCACGCUCCACGAGUCAUUCGAGGGCAAUGUGUUCAUGUACUACGGACUAUCCAACUUUUACCAAAAUCACAGACGUUAUGUCAAGUCAAGAGAUGACAGGCAGCUAAAUGGAAACAUAUACGCCUUAACUAAUCCCAGCAAAGAGUGUGCACCAUACAACUCAAAUAACAACUUACCCAUAGCGCCAUGUGGUGCUAUUGCCAACAGUCUUUUUAAUGACACAUUUGAGCUGUUUUACCUCCAAGACAAUUGGAAUAAAACUCUUAUUCCUCUUGUGAAGAAGGGCAUUGCUUGGUGGACUGACAAGUUUGUUAAAUUCAGGAACCCUGCAGGAGAUAACCUCACAGCAGCAUUUCAAGGUACUGCUCCACCUAUCAACUGGCACAGGCCUGUCUAUGAGCUCGAUCCCACUGACCCUGACAACAAUGGUUUCAUCAAUGAGGACUUCAUAGUGUGGAUGAGAACAGCUGCUCUCCCCACCUUCAGGAAGUUGUACCGCAUCAUCCAGAAGAAUAGGGACAGCCUGACUCCAACACUUCCUCGUGGGAACUACACACUGGAAAUUACUUACAACUACCCGGUACUUAGUUUUGACGGCCGCAAACGCAUGGUCCUCAGCACCAUCACCUGGAUGGGUGGGAAGAACCCAUUCCUGGGCAUUGCUUACAUCACUGUGGGUUCUAUCUGCUUCGUCCUGGGUCUGGUGCUUCUGGUUAUUCACUAUAAAUAUGGCAACCGCAACAACAAUGCUGACAUCCCCAACUAGAGUCUCAAGACUACUUUGACUGAUUUUUGGACCUGCUUAUUGCCAUGUGAUUUAUGAGUAUUUGUCACACUGUUGCACAAAGUUCUUUUGCCAGUUGCCUUUUGCUGUUAUCUCAUACAAGAUUUUCAUCCUGUGUGCAUACACAAUGUCCAAAAGGACAUCUCAGUUCAUUGUUCUAUCACUGAUAUUUUUGUGUCUGUGCUCUGUGUUUUGAGUAUUUAUGUAUUGUAAGUGAAGGGCAUGUUUCAGUAAUGUUUGUCAGUAAUGUUCUUUUCAGAUUUUAAAUAAUAUAUUAUGCACUAGUUGAGCACUAGUGUUACCAGAUCUCAAGGUUCCUUCACACUGCAAAACGGAGCUGAGGCAUUUGUAGUAGAUAAUAUAAAUCAGCACGGUGCAGUGGUAAUGAAUUCAUGAGAGGAAACAUUAAAAUUGGUUUCCAAUUAAUUUUCCGUUAUUUUGCCAGUUAUUUCAGAAUUUAAAGACUGCUAUAGAACAUGUGCAUCUACUAAAGAUGCAUAAAUUAAAUUCAUGAAGCUUACAUGAGUGCACAAACUAUUAUCCUAACCCUGAAGGAGUCUUAUAAAGUAAUUUAUGUGUGAGUCAGUGUCAAGUUGUGCAUCAUCUGGGAAGCAUGUGUGUUUGUAAAUGUUAUGUCUUGCAUUGUUAAGCAUUUAAACAUUAUUGCUUAGUUUAAGAAACAGAGUGCUGCUUAGACCUUCUGACUAUGCUGUACCUCUCUCCACUUUGACCAAAGAUAUGCUGUAGACUCACCGGCUGUCUGCAAAUAAAUCUAUUAUAUUUUA